UUGAGGAUCCCGUCUGAUGCAGACCCCUGCUCUCCCCUCUGCCCCUCAGAAGACUCCAGGUCUGGCAGCUCCUCCCGCAGUGCCAGCCGGAGGAAGAGGACCAGCUUCUCCAAAGAGCACGUGGAGCUCCUGCGCGCCACCUUCGAGACCGACCCCUACCCUGGCAUCAGCCUCAGGGAGAGCCUGUCCCAGACCACAGGCCUUCCAGAGUCGCGCAUCCAGGUUUGGUUUCAGAACCGAAGAGCUCGCACCCUGAAGUGCCGGGGAGCCAAGAAAGCCCUGUGGCAGUCGGACGGCCACGACGUUUUCCCCCCACCCCACGCCGUCGCCAACAGGGGGCCGCUCGGCGUCCCGGUGCGACCUCAAGGACCCCCGCCGGCCUACCCAGCUCAGGUGAAGCAGGAAAGGGAGGAAGGGAGCUACUACGAGCAGCGUCCCCCCGCCUACUCCACCUCCGAGGAGAGUGGACCGUACAGCUCUGUGUAUGGACUCCAACGUGGACGACCACUGGGAAGCUCGGCCAGUCCACCCCUCAGGGGUUACUGGCCCCAACCGGGCAGCCAGACCUCCCCGGUGCCACCUCUGUGGUGCAAUUCCCCCCUGGGGGGCUAUAACCCAAACUAUGAGCAGACAUCCUUCAUGUAUCCGGGGUCUGCAGAGCAGCAGAUCUUCAUGCCUUCCUCAACAUCCACCCCAGACACGCCCGAUUCGGGAUACUGGGACGUGAGCCUGGAGAACAGCCCGCCAGCGGAGGGUCAGUUCGUACAGAUGGACGAUUCGUGGAGCGGGGCCGCCACGGACGACUGCCCGGAGCUGGUCCAGCACGGCCCCCUGCCCGUCCUGUCCCUGCAGGAGAUCCUGGGGGAGCUAAAUGAGGACUGGCUGGGAGGUGAAGGUUUGGAGGCUCCUCCGCUGGGAAGAAAACUGCUUUCUGCUGAUCACUCUGUGAAAACAAUUGACUAA